AUGGUCCCUCCAAGCUUAGAUGCUCAGACUGUUAUGCCCAGCCAAUUCUUUUCCUACAGUCUCUUAAAAGUCUCUGAGUCAAUUUGUAGUCUGUUUGUCUAUCUAUCAAUCUGUCUAUCUAUCUAUCAAUCUGUCUAUCUAUCUGUCUGUCUAUCUAUCUGUCAAUCUGUCUGUCUAUCUAUCUGUCAAUCUGUCUGUCUAUCUAUCUGUCUAUCAAUCUGUCUAUCUAUCUGCCUAUCAAUCUAUCAAUCUGUCUAUCUAUCUGCCUAUCAAUCUAUCAAUCUGUCUAUCUAUCUGCCUAUCAAUCUAUCAAUCUGUCUGUCUGUCAAUCAAUCUAUCAAUCUGUCUGUCUGUCAAUCAAUCUAUCAAUCUGUCUGUCUGUCAAUCAAUCUAUCAAUCUGUCUGUCUGUCAAUCUAUCUAUCUGUCUGUCUGUCUAUCAAUCUAUCUGUCUAUCAAUCUAUCUAUCUGUCUGUCUAUCUAUCUGUCUAUCUAUCAAUCUAUCUGUCUAUCAAUCUAUCUAUCUGUCUGUCUGUCUAUCAAUCUAUCUGUCUAUCUGUCUGUCUGUCUAUCAAUCAAUCUAUCUAUAA